AUGUUGGGACGUAUUGAUACAGAACUUCAAAAACAAGUGGAGCAAGAAAAAUUAUAUUGGAAAACAAUUUUGACCAGACUUAUAAGUGUUAUUAAAUUUUUAUGUAAACGUGGAUUGGCUUUAAGAGGAGAUGAUGAACUAGUAGGAUCUAAAAGUAAUGGAAACUACCUUGGUUUACUUGAACUCUUAGCAGAAUAUGACGAUUUCUUGAAAAAGCACAUUCAAGAAAAAUGGAAUUGUGAGAGUGGUCACACUAAUUUUUUAUCAUCAAAUAUUUGUUAACAGUUAAUAGAAUGUAUGGGUCAUCAAGUUCUAAAUGCGAUAGUGACACGAAUAAAAAUAUCAAAAUAUUAUUCUAUUUCUCUAGAUUCUACACCUGAUGAAGGUCACGUCGAUCAACUAACUGUAGUAUUUCGGUUCAUGGAGGGCUCUAAACCCGUUGAAAGAUUUUUAAAAUUUUUACCUAAUCAAGGACAUAAGCCACAAGAUAUGUUUAAUAGUAUAAUGAAAGUUUUGGAAAAUAAUGCUAUAGAAAUAAAUAAUUGCCGAGGUCAAUCAUAUGACAACGCGUCAGCCAUGAGUGGUAAAUAUAAUGGUCUCCAAAGCAAAAUAAUUGCUGUAAACAAGUUAGCAACAUGGGUUCCAUGUGCAGCCCAUUCCUUAAAUUUAGUUGGGAAAGUUGCUGCUGAAUGUUGUUCAUCUGCUAUAUCUUUUUUUAAUUUUUUAGAAGCUAUAUAUACUUUUUUUACUGCAUCAACACAUCGUUAUGAUGAAUUAAAACAAAAUUUACAAUCCACCGACAAAACUGUCAGAAUACAAAUACCAAAAAGAAUUUCUACCACUCGCUGGUCAUGUCGAUCUGACGCAACUAAAGCAUUAUUUCGUGGAUAUUCUCAAAUAAAAUCUACUCUUGACAGUAUAUCUAAUAAUUUAAAUGAGUUACCAAAAACACGUGAUGAAGCAAACGGACUAUACAACAAGCUGUGUAAGUUAGAAACAGGUAUAUAUUGUGCAUUUUGGAACAAAAUUCUGGAUCGUUUCAACGCUACUAAUAAAAUUCUUCAAGAUCCCACAUUAGACCUUAAUAAUGCUGUUGCAUCUGUCAAGUCAUUAAAGUGCUUUAUUAAUGCUCAACGCGAUGGUUUUUCAAUGUUCGAGAAAAAAGGCAAAAUCAUCUCAAAAUCAAAUGAAUAUAAUGAUAAUAAAAAACGAUCUCGUAAACUUAAUAUUCGAUUGAAUCCUUUAGAUUAUGUUAUGGACCAUUUAGGGCCCCAAAAUAUUUUUGCCCUGGGCCCCUAA